AUGAGUGAGCGAAGGGAAGGAGUGGGUGCUGCUGUUCUUGAUAAUCUGCUCUAUGCUGUUGGUGGCCGUGAUGGGUGGACCUAUUUGAAUAGUGUUGAAAGGUACCACAGUUUUUCUUUGUCCUAUUUCGGCACGAGUUUCCCACGGAUAGUGAGCACG